UCUCCUGUUGCUGUUGUUCCCAGGAGUCCCCAGGAGCUAUAGCAGUGAGUGGAGCACAGUAAGGCUGUGCCAGAGGACAAGAGACUCAGGAUGGGGACAGAGGGACUCCUGUCACAUCAGAUGCUGUGGCUGCUCCUCUUUGUGCAGCCAUGCGGAGGUGUUGCGGAGGUGAGGCUGGCAAAUGGCAGUGUGCACUGUGCUGGGAGAGUGGAGGUGAAACACAACAAUCAGUGGGGGACCGUGUGUGAUGACUCAUGGGACAUGUAUGACGCUGCAGUGGUUUGCAAGCAGUUGGACUGUGGGUCUGCUAUUGAAGCUCCUCACUACGGACACUUUGGGUCAGGAUCUGGCCCCAUUUGGAUGGAUGAUGUUGGCUGUAAUGGAUCUGAGUCUGCCCUGUCUGACUGCACACACGCAGGAUGGGGUAAACAUAACUGUUUUCACAAUGAGGAUGCUGGAGUGACAUGUUCAGGACCUAUUCGACUUUUUGGAGGAGACAACAGCUGCUCAGGUUAUGUGGAGAUCCAUGAUGGAAAACAGUGGAAAUCUGUCUGUGACUCACACUUUGGUCCCAAAGCUGCCGAUGUUGUCUGCAGGGAUUUGCUGUGUGGCAAAGCUCUGCUACUACCCAGAGCAACUACUUUGGAUGAAGAAGUCAGUCCCAUCUGUGACAGAGAUCUGCAGUAUGUGAUGAAUGCAUCUGUCCUCAUCUCCUGCCUCAAGGAAUCCUCCAUCAACCAGUCCUGCACCCACCCGCAUGGCACUCGUGUCACCUGCACACAGUACACAGGGUUCAGGCUGGUGAACAGCAGCAGGGUGUGUGCGGGCAGGGUGGAGGUCCAGGUGAUGGGGACCUGGGGCAGCCUCUGUGCCUCCCGCUGGGACCUCUUGGACGCCCAUGUUCUCUGUCGUCACCUCAGCUGUGGGUUUGCGAAGACUGUUCCUAAAGGAGGGCAUUUUGGGAGAGGAACUGGCCCUGUGUGGAGUCACUCAUUCCACUGUGAUGGGAGUGAAGCCCAUCUGGGUCAGUGCCCAGUGACUGUCCUGGGGGCCUCACUGUGUUCUCACGAGAAUGAUGCUGCUGUCAUUUGCUCAGGCCUCACUCGCCCCAUGUCCUUGCGGCUGGUGGGCGGAGGGAGCCAGUGUGAUGGGCGCGUGGAGAUCUUCCAGCGCGGGACAUGGGGUAGAGUCCUGGAUGAUGAGUGGGACAUGGAGGACGCUAGAGUGGUGUGCCGGCAGCUGCGCUGUGGAGAGGCAGAGGCAGCCUACAUCCCACUGAGGGCCAAGCGAGGGACAGGCCCUGUGGGCCUGCGUGGAGUGCGGUGUGCAGGCCAUGAGGCCAGCCUGAGUCUCUGCAACACCUCCCUGGCCAACGCCAAGGGCAUCAUGGAGGAUGUGGGGGCUGUGUGUCGGGGGAGCCGCCGGGUCCGGCUGGUGGACGGGGCUGGGCGAUGUGCAGGGAGAGUGGAGAUCUACUACCAGGGCCAAUGGGGCACGGUCUGCGAUGACGCCUGGGACAUGGCCGAUGCUGAUGUCGUUUGCCACCAGCUGAGCUGCGGGUGGGCCGUGGAGGUGGCCAGCUCUGCUCAGUUUGGGGAGGGCUCUGGGCAGAUCUGGCUGGAUGGUGUAAACUGCUCCGGGACUGAAGCUGCUCUCUGGGACUGCCAUGCCGAGGCCUGGGGACAGCAUGACUGCGGGCACAAGGAGGAUGCAGGAGUCGUCUGCUCAGAGUUCAUGGCCCUGAGGCUGGAGAACAAUGAUGGCUGCUCCGGGCGCCUGCAGGUUUUCUAUAACGGAACGUGGGGGAGUGUUUGCUCCAAUUCGAUGACUCCCGACACGGUGCCAUUGGUGUGCAAGCAGCUGGGGUGUGGGGACAGAGGGACCCUGGAAACGAGCUCACGCUACGACAAGCUUUCUGGCACUGCAUGGUUGGAUCAUGUAGAGUGUGGGAAGAGCAAUAGCUCCUUCUGGCAGUGUCCUUCUGCACCCUGGGACCCACAGUCAUGUGAUGACCUGCGAGAUGAGACCAACAUCACCUGCAGUGACCAUUCUGCAGCUGGUGGCAAAAAGGCCACUUCAACUAUCAGAGCCACAUGUGCUCACCAGCAAUGCCCAGAGGAAGCAGAGGCAACUCCAAGUGAGGUCUCAGAAGAGACCAGACAGGGGUUCAGCUGCUGCUGUGACCACAGUGAGGUGCAAGACGAGGCCAGCUCUGCUCUCUUCUGCACAACUCCCAGCCCCUUCACUGCAGCAUUUCCUUCUGCAGGGAGACAGUCAAGAAGGUCCCUGGUGGCAAUGUGCCCCAACUCCACCAGUUGCACAGACAGGGAGAAGAUCCGUGCUGUGGGAGGCAAGGACAGAUGCUCAGGCAGAGUGGAGGUCUGGCACCAUGGCUCCUGGGGGACAGUGUGUGAUGACUCAUGGGACAUACAGGAUGCUGAGGUGGUAUGCCGGCAGCUGGGCUGUGGCCCUGCGGUGUCUGCCCUGGCCGAGGCUGCUUUUGGGGAGGGUACAGGACUCAUCUGGCUGGAGCAAGUGGAGUGCAAAGGGACGGAGCUGUCUCUACAGGACUGCUGGGCCCGGCCAGGGGACAGCGGUGUCUGCCGGCAUAAGGAAGAUGUUGGAGUGCAUUGCUUAGAUUCACCCAGGAUGACAGCAUUCCCCCCACAAGCAGGUUUUCCCUGGGGCAAUCUGACUGGCAGAGGGAGAGUCUCGGUGCCUGUUGUCAUUUGCAUUAUCCUGGGGGCUCUUCUCUGCCUGCUAUUGGCCCUCCUGGCUGGUCAGGUGCAAAGUGCCAAGGCUCAGCACAGAGGCUUCAGGAGAACUGAGGAGCCCUUCCCUGAGGCUGUGUAUGAGGAGAUCAGAUACAACUCUGCAUGGGAGAAGCAGACAAUGUUUGGUCACUCAGACAUCACUAUUCUGCCCAGAGGUAAUCCAGAAGAUGGCUAUGAUGAUGCCAAGGAGGUUUCUGAACCUGAGGAUGAUCCUGUCUCUGGGCAGGGCCACUGUGAGGUGCUCAGGACACAAGAGGAGGGAGAGGGGCCCAAGGAUGCAGUCAGAGGGGUGAGUCUGCACUCCCAGAGAAGUACUGGAGGCACUGGAGCUGAUGGGGAUACCUUGUUCUUGUCUCUGAGGAGCACUGGCUAUGAUCAUGUUGAAGAGAAGCAGAGUUCAGCAGCUGUCUAUAAGAUGUCAUGAUGCUCCUCUGAUGGAGGGUCCUUCUCCUGCUGCCUUAGACCUUCACUGGCACUCCAAACAUGGGGAGAUCAUUCCCUUCUUGUUGUGGGAGACAGAGGAGGGAGUAGCCAAGAGGAUGGUCUUAAGCUGCAGCUUGCAUAUCUGGAGGAGAUGAACACUGCAGCCUAAGACCAUUGUCCAGCCCCUGUUUUGGAGAAGGUCCCGUCCCAGAGCAUGGCCAGAUUUCCAUGGAGAGAUUUUGCACUCCUCUCCUGAAACAGGCACUGCUAGAAACUGAGCCUGAGUCCCAUCUCCUUGGUCAAGGAUUUCACCUGCCACAGAACAGAUGAACAGAGAAACCUCCGCUUUGGGAGCCAAGCAAGGAGAAGUGUUUGACACUUGGGUAGGACCUGGUACCCAAACUGCCAUCCCUACUCCUGCUGCCAGGUCUCCACAUGCUCCUUUGCUGCAGUCUGGAAAGUGCCUUAGGUGUCUGCGGCAGGACUCCCUGCAGGGAACAGCCACAGCUCAACAGCACUGCAUCAGCAUCUGGCCCUCAAGCAGCAGAGGGGAUGAGGCAGCUCUCUCCAGCACUUUCUCCCACAGCAGCAUUGCCCUGUGUCCUUCUGUGAGACCCUCCACUCCCAGGGUAACCCUAGGAGGCUCUAGGGGGUACAAGGACUCAGGCACCCCUCUGCCUCUGAUCCUGGAACCCCCCUACUCAUGGCCCCAGCUUUGAGCCUGCCCCUCCACCCAGCUCCAGGUCCACUCCUCCCUGUGUAGAUGCAGGACUGGAGCCUGACCCAAAGUGAGUUUCCUGGGGUACAGAGUCUGUGCUCAUGGUGCUCAAGUCCAUCACUCAUCAAGAGGGGUUUCACUGUGAUAAAUCUGCUAUCCAGUAGGCUUUCUGCAGCCAACUCUGUCUCUCAUUUGGUAAUGGGGAGCAGUGCAGAGGGUUGGGAUCUCAACACAAUGCCCCUCAGACGGGUACUGGGUUGCUGCAGGAGCAACCACAGGCCCCUGACCUACUUCCGUCAGCCACUCUGUCCUAUCUGAGGUUGGAGAGCAAGGAUAAAAGACAGCCUGGAGAUGCACCACACUACUCUUUCACUCUCCUUUCUCAGAAGGACAGGGAGAGGAAAAUAGAAUGAAAAAAUAAAUCAUGG